AUGAGCCUUUUAUUUCCUAGAAAUUUUCUUAUUGCAAAAAAUGUCCUAGCUGAAGCAGGGAUUAGUCCUAAUGUCUUCCAAAGAUGGAAUUUUAUCUCCACAAACCAUAAAAAUCUAUCAAUAAAUCGAUUUAGUGUCUAUUCUGAGAUCAUCUCGACCGUCUGUGAUUUAAACAAUAGGAUCAGAACUCUCAUAAACAGCCUUUAUAUAACGUUUUCUAGAGGAAGAAGAUCGUACGGUAACCACGUCUCAAGCAAAUGGCGUUGGUAUCAUAGACACGGUUACUGGGCUACCAGGAAGAAGCUUCUGAAGUUCGACACAUAUAGACGUCACAGAUACCACGAAGUUCGAGGACCUGGGAAAAGGGCACCAAGUAAAUGGGAAGACCAAUCAUAUUAUAAACCAUUAAAAACUGCCGUAAAGUUUUGGUAA